AUGGAAAAGGGCGGCGUCGGCGUUAGGGUUCUUGCUCUGUGCUUUCUGUCCCUGCUUCAUCUCGCUGCUGCCGGUAGAGUUUACGACGUGUUACGCUACGGGGCAAAGGGAAAUGGAAGAACUGACGAUUCCAGAGCGUUCCUGAAUGCUUGGAGAGAUGUCUGCGCGGACAGGGAUAAUCCGACUCUGCUCAUCCCUUACAGAGCAAGGUUCCUUGUCAAAGGGUUGACCUUCCAAGGAAAGUGCAGUUCGAGUGUUACUGUGAAGAUUGACGGAGACAUCGUGGCGCCGGAGUGGUUUUGGACGAACGAGUACGUCAGCCUGAUGGCGUUCCACAACGUCAACAGACUCACCGUCGUCGGCGGCGGGGAGAUCGACGGCAAGGGCAAAAUCUGGUGGGACUGUUUCAACCGCAAGGAAGGGAAGUGCGUAAACCGGCCGAAUAUUAUGAGCUUCGCGUUCUGCAACGACCUGACGCUGAGAGGCAUCGCGCUCAGGGACAGCCCCAGCAAGCAUCUGACCUUCUUCGCCUCCGCCCGCAUUUCCAUGAGCAGGCUCCGGAUCAGCGCGCCCGGCGAUAGCCCCAACACCGACGGGAUGCUCAUCGCUCUGUGCAAGCAUGUCGUCGUCUCGAGUUCAACGAUCGGAGUAGGGGACGACUGCGUCGCCAUCGGCAGCAACACCACCAACGUCACCGUAUCGAACGUCAAGUGCGGCCCCGGCCAUGGAUUCAGCAUCGGAAGUCUGGGAGGCGACAGUUCGCCGGCCACUGUGAAGAGGGUUCACUUCUUGAACUCUACGUUGACGAACACGACGGUGGGAGUCAGGAUCAAGACAUGGAUGUCUGGAGGCACUGGCCAAGUCAGAAACGUUAUGUUCAAGCACAUAAAUUUCACUUCAGUGCGCAAGCCGAUUCAGAUCGAUCAGUACUACUGCCCUGCUCGAAAUUGUCAAAACAGGACAAGCUCGUUGACGAUAGAAAACGUCGAGUUCGCGCAUCUACACGGGUCGUCGUCCGACGAGCUGGCCACCGAGUUGCUCUGCAGCAAGUACCACCCGUGCCGAGGUAUCGUGAUGCGGGACGUGCAUUUCACGUGGAAUGGAGUGGCUCCGGCGAAAUCUGCCUGCUUCAACGUUCUCAGCAGCAGAUCCUACGGUCGCGUUCUUCCGAGUUUAAACUGCGUCGCCGGCUGA